AUGAAGCGAAAGUUUCAAGGAAAUGUAAGGGUUCAACAUGUACAACUUCAAGCUCUACGUCAAGAAUUUGAAGUUCUAGAAAUGAAGGUUGGAGAAUCUGUUUCUGAUUACUUCUCAAGAGUUAUGUUAGUCGCUAAUAACAUGCGAAACAAUGGAGAAGACAUGUCAGAUGUUAAAGUAGUAGAGAAAAUCCUACGUUCCUUAACAGAACAAUUCAACUACGUUGUUUGCUCUAUUGAGGAAUCAAAGGACAUCGAUACCCUCACGAUUGAUGAACUGCAAAGCUCUUUGAUUGUGCAUGAACAAAAGUUUCGAAAGAAAGACAACUUAGAACAUGUUUUGAAAGUCAGUUUAGAGGAGAAGCUUGCCACACGAAGGAAAGGCAGAAGUACCUUCAGAGGACAAGGUAGAGGAAGAGAAAGAUAA